GACUUGUUACUUCUUUGCCCGGGAGCAACAGGUCUCCAGUUUGGAGCCCUAAACCUUCACCCGGUCGGGGGGAAGAGAACAAAGCUUCUAUCCCAUCCUUCUUCUUGGUGGCUUCCUGAGCUGGAGAUUGCUUGAGAUUGUUUUCUGCAGCCCCAAGACCUCAGGAGAAACCAGGAGGAGAUAGCGAAGGACCAAGGAUUGAUGGUUCUUGUAUUCAUGGGCAAUGAGCAAGGAACAAGCGUGGCAUGGAUUAAUCCGGGAUUUUUCUAAAAACUAGGGUGGUCUUUGAGUGCAAGACUAACCUCUCAACUUUCGGCUCACCUCUUUUUCUGAUUAAGGGUUUCCCUCUUCUUCAGCCCUCCUUCCCCUGAUCUACGAAAGAAGGGAAAGAGCAACAACAAAGAAAAAAAGGGCCCAAGGAAAAGGGAAGAGGGAGGAAGACGAGAGACACAGAGAGAAAGAAAAACGACCCAGCCAUCCAUCCAUCUCUCUUCUCUUUCUCUCUCUUGCGCGUCUCUCUUUAUUUAUCUCCUGGUUUCUUGGAAAUCCGGUUCGCCGCGCCACGCGGUACUCUGGGGGAAUCUCUACAACCAAACUGGGAUCUAUGAGCGGGAAGGUGAUCAAGCCGAAAGAAGAGAAAGAUGCCUCUAAAGUUAUGGAUGACGCCUCUCCUGGCACACAGGAAUAUAUUAUGUUACGGCAAGACUCCAUCCAAUCCACGGAACUAAAGAAAAGGCAGUUCCCUUUCCGAACUAAAUGCCACGAAAUCUUCUGUUGCCCACUGAAGCAAGUCCACCUCAAAGAGAAUACCGAGCCGGAAGAGCCACAGCUGAAAGGCAUCGUCACAAAACUUUACAGCCGGCAAGGAUAUCAUUUGCAGAUGCAAGCAGAUGGAACCAUUGACGGAACGAAAGAGGAAGAAAGCACAUACACUUUGUUUAACCUCAUACCGGUUGGCUUACGAGUUGUGGCUAUCCAAGGCGUUCAGACAAAGUUGUAUUUAGCGAUGAACAGUGAAGGCUACCUGUAUACAUCAGAGCACUUCACACCGGAAUGCAAGUUCAAAGAAUCCGUUUUUGAAAAUUAUUAUGUCACGUAUUCUUCCAUGAUCUACCGGCAGAUGCAAUCGGGAAGGGGUUGGUACUUGGGUCUCAACAAAGAAGGCGAAGUCAUGAAAGGGAACCACGUGAAGAAAAACAAGCCGGCGGCACAUUUCCUACCCAAACCGCUAAAAGUGGCCAUGUACAAAGAACCCUCCCUCCAUGAUCUUACUGAAUUCUCACGGUCUGGCAGUGGAACGCCAACGAAAAGCAGAAGCGUUUCCGGGGCGUUGAACGGCGGCAAAUCUAUGAGCCAAAACGAAUCGACGUAGCCAGGAUGGAGAAGCGAAGAGGAGAGAAGAAGCAUCGGUUGGGAACUUUUUUUUACCUCGUAAGAUCUGCUGUGGAAGUCCUUAUUUUUGAAAAGAAAAAAAAAAAAAAGCAAAACGAAACACCUACCAUUCAGCCCUUCCCCACAAGCCAACAAACUGGGAUAAGUCUCUUGGCCUUUGAUCAGCUACUUUUGGACUUUCCGGAGGUCCCCAAAUCACCGUAAUUGAUUCAUGUCGAAGGAAAAAUUCCCACCCUACCCCCCGAAUGAUGUAAAACGCAAACACGGGCCUAAUCAGACAAAUACGAAGCAAUGACCUCACAUUGAGUCUGCCUUUACUUCUUAUCCUCGCCUAUGCUCUUGGGGGCGGGGGACAAAAAAUAAAAAAAAAAUAUCCUGCAAAAUUUAAAAACAUAUUUUGGCUUUCUAACCAAGACAGAAACCCUGUCAAGGAUCUCUCUCCUUCUUUUUCCCUUUCUUUCUUUCUUUCUUUCUUUCCUUCCUUCCUUCCUUCCUUCUUUUUUCCUUCCUUCCUUCCUUCCUUCCUUCCUUCCUUCCUUUCUUUCUUUCCUUUUGCUCUUUGAGGGAAAUU